GCUAGUAAGAUGCCAGGCCCGUUAGUUGUGGAAUGGUGUGGAAAAAUAAGUAUAUACACAAAUAAUAUACAAGCAAAACUCCACAGUGCACAUUCUAAAAGAAAAGACCUAAGAUAUGUUGUUGUUCAGUCGCUCAGUCAUGUCUGGCUCAGUUAAAUGCCACUUGCCUGCAAGGGCAACACUCGUACAGCCCACGCAGCCCAAGCCAAAGAGCUCCUGAGACGCAGAAUUACAGUUCCUACAGCUCGCAGCAUAAAGCUCCUGUGAGUCUGUUUUCGCUCUUGCUUUCAAAUGCAGGCCACUGAUUGGCACGACUCCCAGGCCCUCCAAACGACACAGCAGCUGCUCCGCCGCAUUGGGCGCUUAGCCUACCAAUAAGAGGGUUUCUAACUUUCUUCACAGCCAUCUUCAGUUGAUCCCAGAUUUAAAGAAGGCGCAAAAUGGUAGCCUCCUCUCAGGCUCUCCUGAGGCACUUUGGAUUCUGCCGAUGGGGCCCGACGCCCUGGGUGCAGUUGGCAGGACCUCUAAAGCUGAGGACUGGUAACCCAGUCUCUUGGACCACUGUCCGGUUGGUGACAACCGUGAGCCUGGAGCCGGCCGGCCGCUGCCGCUGGGACGAGCCCGUGCGCAUCGCCGUGCGCGGCCUGGCUCCGGGGCAGCCGGUCACGCUGCGCGCGUCCCUGCGCGACGAGAAGGGCGCGCUCUUCAGGGCCCACGCGCGCUACUGCGCCGACGCCGCCGGCCUGCUGGACUUGGAGCGCGCGCCCGCGCUGGGCGGCAGCUUCGCGGGGCUCGAGCCCAUGGGGCUCUUCUGGGCUAUGGAGCCCGAGAAGCCUUUGUUGCGCCUGGUGAAGCGGGACGUGCAGACGCCCUUCGCCGUGGAGCUGGAGGUGCUCGACGGUCACGAACCCGAGGCCCAGCGGCUCCUGGGCCGGGCGGUGCACGAGCGCGACUUCCUGGCGCCCGGGGUGCGGCGCGAGCCGGUGCGCGCGGGCCGGGUGCGCGGCACGCUCUUCCUGCCGCCAGAACCUGGGCCCUUUCCUGGGAUUGUGGACAUUUUGGGAGCUGGAGGUGGCCUUCUGGAAUAUCGAGCUAGUCUGCUGGCUGGGAAGGGUUUUGCUGUGAUGGCGCUGGCUUAUUAUAACUAUGAAGACCUCCCCAAGGGCCUGGAGAACCUCCACCUGGAGUACUUUGAAGAAGCUGUGAACUACCUGCUUAAUCACCCUCAGGUGAAGGGUCCAGGAGUUGGGCUGCUUGGGAUUUCAAAAGGAGGCGAGCUCUGCCUCUCCAUGGCUUCCUUCCUGAAGGGCAUCUCUGCGGCCGUCAUAAUCAAUGGCUCUGUGGCCCGUGUCGGUGGAAACUUACACUACAAAGGUGAGAUUCUGCCGCCUGUGGGUUUCAACCAAAAUCGAAUCAAGAUGACCAAAGAUGGCUUUGUAGACGUUGUGGAAGUCCUGAACAGCCCUUUGGAAGGACCUGACCGGAAGAGCUUCAUUCCUGUGGAAAGGGCUGAGUGCCCCUUCCUGUUUCUCGUGGGUCAGGAUGACCACAACUGGAAGAGUGAAUUCUAUGCUAACGAGGCCUCUAAGCGCUUGCAGGCCCAUGGGAAGGCAAAACCCGAGGUCAUCUGUUACCCAGGGACGGGGCACUACAUUGAGCCUCCUUACUUCCCCCUGUGCCCGGCUUCCCUGCACACCUUGGUGGGCGCUCCUGUCAUCUGGGGAGGGGAGCCCAGGGCUCAUGCCAGGGCCCAGGUAGAUGCUUGGCAGCAGCUCCAGACUUUCUUCCAUAAACACCUGGGUGGGGAAAAGGGGACAAUUCCAGCAAAGCGGUGAUCUUUUAUGCUAAUCUUCCUGGGAACAGCUGCCACAGUUAGUAUACGUGUGUAGUUUUUCUUUUCUAUAAUUACAUUUUCCCCCUUCAAUAUUAAAGUGAACUCAUCGAGAAAUUCUCAAGAUUUUUAUAUAUUCCAUAUUUUUUCAGUUGUUUGGGAAGAGAAUGAUUCUACAGACACCACAGCAGGUGGAGAAAGCAUACCCUUUAAUACCUAACAACACAUAACUGACAAGGCUUUAGUUCUGAAAGGAAGAAUAAUACCUGGUGUACAAUUGCUGCUCGGAAGUUUCUUGAAUCAGUUAUACUUGAAUUUGUAUAAUUUAUUAAUAAGUGAUUUUGCUAUAUAUGUAUACAAAUCAUAUAAAAUAUCAAAACUA